AUGUCAACCAAGCCUGAGGAGCUUAAAACAGCCUUUGACAGAGAGCUUAAUACUACUGAUUUUCGAUUGGUAUGGGAAAAAGCUUCAGUUCUUUCAGAACGUUGGGAUUCUAUUGGUAUCAUGCUGGGAAUCAGCUACAGCAAGUUGUAUGAGAUUGAAGCAGAGACAAAGAGAGUUAGAGUUUGUCUACAGAAAGUAUUUGAUUGCUGGUUAAAGAGGGACUAUGACUAUAAGAGUCAUGGUGUCCCUACAUUAAGAAUGCUGUGUAACUCCAUUAAAAGUAAUAGUGGAGGAGCUAAUCCAGCUCUAGCUAAUGAAAUAGCAAAAGAAUAUAUAAUUAAGCCUACUAGUAGUGGUGAUGCUACUACAUCACCAGUUGAUACGUCAUCUUCUAAAAAAGCUACUCCAACUGUUGAGUUACCUCAAUCUGAGUCUUCAGUCAUUUACGUUAAGAAGAAAUCAGUUGAAUAUUCACCUGAAAACCUAACACGAAUGAUUGGAGAGCUACGAGAAGCUUACCUUGAUAAUAUGUAUCAUACAGAAAAGUCUUUUCGUUCUAUUGAUGUUUCAGAAGUUAUCGAUUUUGUUCAGCAUUAUAUUGCAAUAUUACUUAGCCCACGUUUUGAUAAACCAGAAAUGAUUGAGUCAAUUGAGGAUGAGUUUGAACAUGUUAUAACAAUGAAGCAGCUGUUUAAAGCAUUAAGAAAAUACAUUUCAUGGUUUAAUUUUGAACUUGUCGUCAAGUUAGUUGAUACCUUUAUUACCAACGAGAGUAAUAUGCAAAGAAAGUGGUCUAUAUAUCAAGAAAAAUUAAAAGAUUAUUUUAAAAAUAACAAUACACAAGCAGUUCAAAUUGCAGACUCAAUUGAGUUUGGUCUUUCUGAUGUUCCAGGUACUAAAGUAAUGAUUGCUAAGGUUGCCAGAGAUGACUACACUUUAAAUGAUCUAUAUUUCUUUCACAAAUUGAUUGCUGUGGCACUUGAAGUUCCAGAAUAUAAUUUUUAUUUUUGUACGAUUGAAGAUGGCUGCAUAGAAUUGAAAUAUUCCAUUCCUAAUUAUCUUUAUUCUGUUCUCUUUCCAUUAACCAAUCAACAGUGUGAUUUGCUGGCUGAGAUUGGAAUCAUAAAAAUGAUUUGUCAUGAAUAUGUACAUGAAAUGAAGCAGUUGCCAGAAAAUGAAUUAAAAAAUCUUCAUGAUUCACCUUAUUUUGUUAUUUAUGAUCCUCUCUGGUAUGAGAAUACAAGCACUCCAUUGAAUGAUGCAUGUUGGAGAGGAUUAAAAGAUGAAGUACAGCGAUUGAUUGACAAGACUGGUGUUCAGAAAAGAGGCAUAAAUGGUUGGAAUCCAUCAUUAUCUGCUUCAUAUGGUGGCCAUAUCGAUGUCCUUUGUCUCCUCAUUGAAGUUUAUCAUUGUGAUCCUUUGCAAGGUGAUGAUGAUGGUGUAAUUAGUUUGCAUGUAGCCUCAUAUAAAGGCCAUCUCAAUAUUGCACAGUAUCUAGUUAAUGAAUGUCACGUUGAUCCAGACAUAGCAGAUAGCUCUGGUAACACAGGACUACUUUACUCAGCACUGGGUGGUAAUGUUGACCUUGUGAUUAUGUUUUUAAAAAAGAAAUGUAACCUUUCUCAGGUCAAUAGAGAAGGAUCUACGUUAUCAUUAUUAGCAUGUAAGAGUGGACAGGUAGCAUUAGUUCUUCAGCUUAAGCAGUUUGGUAUUUUCUCAGAAGAUGAUAUAGAUUUUAACGGAUGUGGAAUAGUACAUUAUUGUGCUAUGAGUGAUAGUGUAGAGCUUCUAGUGUAUCUUUAUAAUAAUCACAAUAUCAAAUUGAAUCAAAGAGAUCGUUUUGGUGCAAAACCACUCCAUAUAGCAUGCCAAUAUGCUUCAUCAGGUUUUAUUAUGAGAACAGUUCAUAUUUUUGGAUAUAAAGUGUUACUAGAAGCUGAUUAUAAUGGUCACUCUUCUCUUCAUUACCUAUGCAGUGGAUUAGUUGAUAAAUACUGCAUUACAGAAGUGUAUAAUAAGCUCACUGCACCAUGUGAUGUACCUUUAGUCAUACAAAUUGCUUCAUUUAAUGUACAUGCCACAAAAAACUGGCAUAAGUAUCUAUCACUAAAUAUAAAUGUUAACAAGCAACAUAAAAGAGUAAAUCUUUUGUCUACACUCCUCAAGAAGACAAGCACUAUUAAUAAUUUCAAUAUAAAUUCUACUACUGCUACUGGUCAAUCAUUAGUUCAUUUAGCAUGUACUAGUGGUAGUAUAUUAUUAGUGAAGGUAUUAGAGGAGUAUGGUAUUAAUACAAGUUCAUUAGAUUAUGUGGGUCGGUCUGCUGUACAUUAUGCUGCUUUAUCAGGUUCAUCUGCUCUACUCAGUUAUACUGUAUCUCAGUAUAGCUUGAGUGCCAGUCAACCAGACUACAAAGGUAUAGUACCAUUAGCAUUAGCUUGUAUGUCAGGUAGUAUCAAUGCAGUUGAGUAUAUUGCCAAUACUACUGACAUUGAUAUUAAUAUAACCUGUAAUAAGGGCAGAACACCUCUUCAUUAUUCAUGUUCUCAUGGUAACAUUGAUCUCAGUCAAUACCUCAUUGAAGUACAAGACAGUGAUAUUAAUAUAACAGAUAACAAUAAAUGGGAUGCAUUGAUUCAUAGUGCUAUGGGUGGUAACAUGAAUCUAGUCCAAUACCUCAUUAAUGAUCAUCAAUUGCCUCUUACAUCAUUUGCGUUACUUCAAGCAGUACGUAGCAUUAAACUAUCAUUAGUUAAACAGUUAAUUAAUGAAUAUAAAUUAGAUCCUGAAGCUAAAGAUGGUAAUGGCAUGCAAGCAGUCUAUUGUGCAGCUGAAUUUGGCGCUAUUGAUGUCUUAGAAUAUUUGGUAAAAGAUUGUGGGUGUGAUUUGGGUAUAGUAGAUGGAGCAUACAACAGAAAUGUGUUUCAUUAUUCUACAAUGAAUGGAAAUUUUUUAUUUACUAAAUAUGUUAUCAAUAAUUAUCAACAAUAUACUAGCCUCUUACAUUCUAUUAAUAACACUGAUACUCUACCAAUUCAUUAUGCCUGCGCUAGUGGUGUAAUACAACUAGUGACAUUUCUAAUUGAUGAAAUGAAGUGUGAUAUCACUACUGAAAAUAAGAGCGGCAAUACUUGUGUCACACAAGCAUGUUAUUCUGGUAAUCUUGAUCUUCUAAAAUUAUUAAUAAAACAAUACAACCUUAAUCCUAAAGUAUUUGGCAAAGGAUCAUCACCAGAAGUUGCAGUAAUAUUUGGAAAUGUUUAUAUGCUUGAAUGGCUCAGACAAGAGUAUCAUAUUAAUGUAGUCUCAUUUAAGGAAGGUAUAUUACCUUUCAUUGCUGCACAAUACAACCGUUUGUAUCGUUUAAAGCAUUUAUUACACAAUUAUUCAUUUGAUGUUAAUGCUACUGUUCCUGGAAAUGAUACUCAAUCUACACUCCUUCACAUAGCAUGUCAGGAAGGACAUGUUGCUAUAGUUCUCUACCUCACUAGUAUUCCUCAGUGUGACGUAUCAGCUAAAACUUUAAAUGGAUCAACAGUUCUUCACUUGUCAUGUAAGAGUCAUUCUCUUUCUAUACUCAAACAUUUAGUGGAGGAGCAUCAUUUGGAUCUCACUACUAAAAAUUACAAUGGAAUGGCUCCAGUUCAUCUAGCCUGUGAAGAAGGAUCAUUGAGUAUUGUCAAGUACAUUAUAGACCAUUCACCAUUAUCUCUUGAUAUGACAGACUCUUUUGGACGUACUCCACUACUUAUUGCAGCUUUCUCUAAGAACCUUUCUAUCAUUCGUUACCUCAACAGUAAAAACUGCAAUAUUUCUAUACUGGACGAUAAAGGGUUUAAUGUAAUACACAUAUCAGCAAAGGGAGGAUCUUUGGAUAUAUUGAGGUUUUUUAUUGAUGGUCGUUACUGUGAUCCUGAUAUCACUGAUGCUUCUGGUCGUACUCCACUUUAUCUGUCAGCUCAAGAGGGUCAUUUGGAAAUAGUAGAAUAUCUAUUGGAUAGUCCAAGCUACAAUAAACCCCGUGUACAAUUAGUAGACAUGCCAGAUAGCAAUGGUAACACAGCACUUCAUGUAGCAUGCAGCCAGGGUCAUCCUGAUAUAGUGUCUACUAUAGCAGGACUUGUCAAAAUGGUCACUAUAGGAUGA